AGUAAACUGAUUGUGGUGUGACGACUCUCCUAAAUAGGCUAGUCGUGUUUCCAAAUAAAAGGAGCUGAUAUCACAAUGAUGCUCAGAGUUGUGUUGGCGUUGCUGUUGCCGGCAGCUGCGUAUCAGUCGCCUCGGCCCAGAGACUGCAGUGACGUCUACAGGUCCGGCUCGGGUCUGGAUGGAGUUUACACCAUCUACCCAGCAGGCCCCACCUCUCCUGUGAUGGUCUACUGUGACAUGGACAAAGAUGAUAACCUUGGUAGCUCUGCAGAAAAAUGGACGGUGAUUCAGAGAAGACAUGAUGGCACAGUCAACUUCUUCAUGAAGUGGGAUCAUUACAAAUCUGGAUUUGGGAAUGCUGCUGGAGAGUACUGGUUGGGCCUGGAAGUAAUGCACCUGCUGACCCAAGACAGAAACUAUGAGCUGAGGGUGGACAUGGAGGACUUUGAUGGUCAGAAGGUGUUUGCUCAUUAUUCUGCUUUCUCCGUUGGUCCAGAAUCUGAGGGAUACAAGCUAAACCUGGGAAAUUUCAUAAAAGGAUCAGCAGGAGACUCUCUAAGCUAUCACAAUGGAAAGAAAUUCACGACCACCGACAAAGAUCAAGAUGAGAAUAGCUCAAACUGUGCCAGGCUUACAUAUGGUGGAUUCUGGUAUGGGAGCUGUUUCACUGCCAACCCAAACGGCAUCUACACCUGGGGUCCUUCACCCCAUGCAGCUGGUGUGCAAUGGAGGACUUUCAAAGGGCUUGACAACUCUCUCAAAACCAUGAUAAUGAAGAUCAGACCAGUUGAUGGGUAAAACCUGGAGAUAGACCUCAUGGACAUGACCUAACACAUUAACACAAUUCCUUGUUACAGAGAACACACAACUCCAGUUGUCUUCAAUGUUCAAACAACAGAUGGAGAACAUUUUGAAAUUUAAUGUUUUCAAUUUGAAAAUGAUUUAUUAAUCCCAAGGUGGGAUUCGUGGCCCACCUUGUGGCUUACAUUCCUUCUGGAGGCUGUCAAUGACUAGACAAUUUUCUAACUUCAAUAUUUCCCUGUGAUUUUGUUGAUUCGUUACACAGACAUAGCAUGUUAUAUAUUAAAAAAAAAUAUGUUAUUGGUCUUUUCAAACUUGCUAAUAAACUGAAUUUGGGCUUUAGAUUUUCUGUCAAUCAUCAUACAGAUAAAAAACACUACA